UUUAGAAUGACCUAUCUUCGAGAAAUUAUAAGUGUGUUUGUGUUGCUUCUAGUAGCUGUCGUUGUCGUAGCAAAACCCGCCUUAUACUCAACUGCAGACUGCCAACAUGAAAUAUCUUGGGCGGAUCCAACCAACUGCGCAAGAUUUUAUAUGUGCGCGCCAUGGGGACCUCAAAUAAUGGAUUGCGCUCCAGGAACCCAUUACAAUCCGAAAAUACUAAGUUGUGACUGGCCUAACGUAGUUAAUUGUGUAGUCACAACUACUUCUACAGAAGGACCUCCUACAAUUCCAAGUACUAAACCAACACAACCACCAACAAAAGCACCACCCACUGAAACGCCCGAGGAACCAACUGAAACCCCCGAACCCACAGGAGCUCCUAAACCUGAACCGACAGAAGCCCCCGAGCCUGAACCAACAGCAGCACCGGAACCUGAACCAACAGAAGUUCCAGAACCAGAACUGACAGAAGCCCCUGAACCCGAAACAACAUAUGUUCCAGAGCCUGAACCAACUGUAGUACCAGAACCUGAACCGACAGAAGCUCCUGAACCAGAACCAACUGCAGCACCAGAACCAGAACCAACUGAAGCUCCAGAACCUGAACCAACAGAAGCACCCGAACCUGAACCAACUGAAGCUCCGCAACCUGAAACAACUGCAGCACCGGAAGCCGAACCAACAGAAGCUCCAGAGCCUGAACCAACUGUAGCACCGGAACCUAAACCGACAGAAGCUCCUGAACCAGAACCAACAGUAGCACCGGAACCCGAACCAACAGAAGCUGCAGAACCUGAACCUACUGAAGCCCCAGAACCUGAAUCUACUGCAGCACCAGAACCUGAACCAACAGAGGCGCCAGAACCAGAACCAACAGAGGCACCCGAACCAGAACCAACUGCAGCACCGGAACCAGAACCUACAGAAGCUCCAGAACCUAAACCAACAGAGGCACCUGAACCUGAACCAACUGAAGCUCCGGAACCUGAACCCACUGCAGCACCAGACCCUGAACCAACAGAAACAGAAGCACCAGAACCAGAUCCUACAGAUGCACCGGAACCAGAAUCAACUGCAGCACCGGAACCAGAACCUACGGAACGUCCAGAACUUGAACCAACAGAGACACCCGAACCUGAACCAACUGAAGCCCCAGAAUCUGAACCAACUGCAGCACCGGAACCAGAACCAACUGCAGAACCGGAACCCGAACCAACAGAGGCUCCAGAACCUGCACCAACAGAGGCACCAGAACCAGAAACAACUCCAGCACCGGAAGCAGAACCUACGGAAGUUCCAAAGCCUGAACCAACUGCUGCACCCGAACCUGAACCAACAGAAACACCAGAACCUGAACCAACAGAAGCACCGGAACCAGAACCCACAAAAGCUCCAGAACCGAAACCAACAACAACCGUCAAAACUCCAUCAGAUAUAUGUGCAGAAUUUCCUAGCCAAUUCUUUGUCACUUCUUAUCCAAACGACUGCACAAGGUUUAUUACAUGUAACUACGGGCAGCCUGUCAUUAUGAAUUGCCCGGGAGGUAACUACUUUAGUCCAGUAUUAAGCACUUGUAUAGCAGAUUCAUCCCAUUGUGCAUAACUUUACGUAAGGAAUAAAGUUAUUCAUGUUGAAUAUAUUUUAUUUAUAUUUAACUAUCAUUUCUUACAUGUAACAUAAUGACCUUUGCAAUAAAAUACAAUUAAAUCACUUUAAAAGAUAAUAAUUAAUUUAUGUUUAUGGAGAUUACCAUCGAUACAAAAAUAUUUCCUUGAUUAAUUUGUGGACGAAAGAAUAAUUAUUUCAAUAUUUAUCUCGAGUUGGAAACAGUAUGUUUGUUCUCUUAUACAAUUUUAUGUUCAAUCAAACUGAACUAUAGUAUAGUAAGCUGUUAAUUAAUUUUUUAGUUCGUGUGAAUUUCGUCCAAUAUUACUGAAAGAUGACAUUUAUCAAGUAAAAUGUUAUCACUACAGAUUAACAUUUGCGUCAGUAGUGAUACCAAGAAAUUUAAAAA